UGCAAUCAGUUGACCUACUGCUAUAUAAAUGAAGAAUCUGUUGCCAUAUACCCAACUACACUUACAAAGAAAUAAUUAACAAACUAUCCUUCGCUGUAACGUGUUUCCUUAAAAACGAUGGCAUCCCGUGACUCCGCUAUUCCUCAUCAUGACCAUGCCGCAGUUAGUAUGGAGGUACCACUAAAGACGUCAGCACCACCACCAGAGUACAGUGCUAAAAGAGGUGCAGGUGGAUCCAAGAAGCAUGCCGUGGUUGAUGUGUUCUUUAGAGUCGUGCUAUUUGCAACUUCUGUGGCUGGUAUCGUUCUUCUGAUCAUUUCUAAUCAAACUGAGCUUAUUCCGGUUGCACCCGGGAUAGCAAUAUCCAGGACUGGAAAAUUCAGUCACUCCCCAGCUCACAUAAACCUUUUGGCAUCGCUCUCCACGGCUGCUUUAUACAGCAUCAUCACUGGUUUAAUAUCAGUUUUUGCUCUCAUGAAGGCAGGAGGAACCUCAUCAAAGCUAAGAUUUCAUUUUGUGAUACUCGAUUCACUGCUAUUAGGUAUCAUGGCUGCCGCAACAGGAGCAUCAGGGGGUGUAUCAUACGUAGGACUCAAAGGAAACUCUCAUAGCAGAUGGAACAAGAUCUGUGAUACGUACGAUACUUACUGCAUCCGCGUUGGAGCCUCUAUUGCUUUGUCGCUCGUAUCGUCCAUAACACUUCUACUGUUGGUUUGGAUCAACGUUUAUGCACUUUCCAAGAAGAUUGCCAGGCGAUAGUUUGCUACAUAUGAAAAAUAUUUCCGAAGUACAAGUUUCAUGUUAUUAAUCUUUUGUGGUGUAAAUGUUCCAUGUACUUGUGUUAUUUCGUGCCAGUUUUGUGCUUGUGAUAUUUGUGAUUGAUAAAGAUUGCAUUAAAGUUUAUAGUUAAUUUUGUUAUAUUUCAAAGCAUUGGAGGUCCUACAUAUGUUGAGAG